AUGAGCAAAACACUCCACCAAAGAGGCCACAGAUUUAAAGACUACUAUGAUAGCAUGGCUAGUUUGGCAUCAAAUAUGCUGGGAUCGGAGUCAAGGCCAGAGAGCAACAAUUUUUUGGAACCUGCUUUCACUUCAGAUCUUGCCAUUUAUUAUGUGCAAACUAAGUGCACUCAGGAUAACAUUCUAUUCCCGCUUAUUUACCAAGUAGGAGGCACUGAUGUGCAUCAUCAUAUGGAAACAUUUCCAUACACGAUAGCAGGCUUUCAUGUGGAUAAAGAAAUUGAAUGUAUUGACGUUAUAAAAUUUUGGCGUAAUAGUUCUUCUGAAAUCAACAAUGAGUUAUAUGAAGGUCAUGAAAGAAGUUUCCCACAACAGAUCAAUACAAUAUUUUCAGCUUUUGAUUUUCUAUAUCCGAACGGGAAUGGAUUCAAUGUUACUGUAUGGUACAAGUCAACCUACAAGGAUGUCACUAAUUUUGGUCCUACUGCAUUGUUGUGA